AUGUCAUUUUUGUCAACUUCACCAACGCACCUUAUCCCUUGCGUUAUACAUACCUAUGUAUUUACACGUAGUGUAUCAUUAAGUAAUCAUUUGUUGAUGACAUAUCCUUGUAGAGAUCUAAUGAUGACAAUGAUGAAUUGUAAUGAAAACAUAGGAGUAAAUAUGUUAUCAGCACUUUAUCUUUAUGCAAAUAUUUUGCGGAAAACGAAAAAUGAAAUUAAGCAGAAAGUGGACAAGGUGUUAUCGAAGAAUGAGAAAUUUCUUCCAUAUCUACAACUUCAAACGCUAGUUAACGUGGUGGAAAGAUAUGUCGAUUACCGUAUAGUACUGACGUACAGUAAGGUGCCUUUCCGGAAGCUUCACGUGAGUAAAAAAAGUGCUUUGACGUGUAUAUCUAUAGCUUAA